ACAACAUUAUUUAUUACGAUUAAUGUACCAGAGUUCAUUUCAUUUAUAAUCGAUUGUAAUAUUGUUUCGUUCGAGUUUAAAUGAUGUUUUUAUUGAAAAUCUACAAAUGGAUUGUGAAAUCCAUAAGAUCUAUUAGAAGGGAUUCGGACCCCCAGAUGCCGGCAGUCAAGAGUGAGCAAGCGGGCUCCCAGCAGUCGUCAUUCUCCGAAUGGCAGAAGAAUGAGCCUGAUGAUUGGCAGAGAGGUAUCGUAAUGAAAGCUGAGUUGCAGGCUGUCCAAUCUGCAAUCAAGAUGCUGGAAUUGCAGCUGGUUGCGCAAGAUGGAGGGCUCGAAUUGUUAUUCCAACGGGUUGAACAUUUUGAACUGGCGGCCAAGGAAAUGCACAGCCCAACCGUUAGCACUGCCACCUCUGAGCUACUGGAAGUCGUAGGAGCACUGAGAGAUAGUCGGGUGUGCGUAAAUAAGGCGUUUAAUGAACUAACGGAGUUAACCAAGGACUUGGCAACCAUGGCCACAUCAGACCAGACAGCGAGUGAAAGUUUGCAAACGCCAGCAACGCGCACUUCCGCCGUAGAUUCAUGUACCAACACCCCCUGCUGGUGGGAGGAGCCAGCUAACCAACAAAUUGCGGACAUAGUCCCAGGAGCUAGCAGCGAACAGGGAACCAGCAAGGAAAAUCAGCAAGAGAACAGAGGUAACCGAGGGCAGCAACAGGUAGCGUCGAACUCGAAAUCGGCCGAAAAAUCUGUACCGGAACUUGAUUUGGGGAACCAAGAGUCGUGGUACACUUUAGUCCAGAAUGAGGAAGAGAAAAAUUCCGGGAAAGCAGUCGCGGAAAUUGCAAAUCUGGAACGCCACGGAGACACUCACAACAGCAAUCGCGGGUGUCUGCCAAAGACACAGACAGUGUUCCCUGACAAUCUGUCGUGUAUGUCUACAUACACAGACAUGGUCGAAGAUAUAAAACAACUUAUACGCGACGAAGAAUUGGACUUCGACAUUACCGCCGAGUGGUCAAAAUCGGGUGACCAUCUUGUACUUACGACGUCGGAGAAAGACAAUGCGGUCAAACUUUCAAACGCCCUGAGGAAGAAAUACGGGGAAUCUUAAAUCAGGGUUCUUAUACUUUUUCGUCGUGGUUCAGAGGGAAGUAAGCAUUAUUUUAAGUAUAGCAUAUCCCUCGAUUACUAUUAAAAUUUUACUCAUUUUAGUGAGACUAAGUCCCUAGACGUCUUUCUCCAAUGACAACUACUUAUA